AUGCGAAUCUACGAUGAAAACGGGCUCGAGAAGUACAGAAAGAAGCCGUACCGCGUUCCCCGUCGAUUGGCUUCCGACAAUCAACGUAAACGUCCCGGUGAAUCGCGGUUCGCUAAAACUUUGGUAAAACACUUGAGGCUGUACUGCAAAUACAGCAAUCUGGCUGGAUUGAAAUACUUCGUGGAUCCGAAAAUGACGUUGUCGGAUAGAAUUCUAUUGAUGGUGCUGUACUCGAUCGUCGUGCCCAUGAUGAUUUACACGAUUUACUACCAGUAUAAAGACUUCAUCGAUCAUCCGUGCGUCACCAGCGUGGACACCGAACACUUCCCCACGCAGGAUUUAGAUUUUCCAGGCGUGGCGAUUUGCAGCAUUAAUCGUAUUAGUCGCGAGGCCGCUCUGGAAAUGGCGAACGAAAUCUUCGAGCUAAACAUCACCGAUUUACCCGUCGAAAAAAUUCAAGAAAUGUUUUCGCAACUGGGCAACCUUUACGACUCCGAGUUUCGAAUAACUGAACGAUCGUACGAGAUCGAUGAACUUCUGGCCAAGUUUUAUAAAGGUCCUUACGACGUCACCGACAUACUGAAGCGCCUAACGCCGCAAUGUUCGAGCAUGAUUUCGAGGUGCCGUUUCCACGGCGAGAACAAAAACUGCUCGAGUGUGUUCGAAACUCGCAAAACGCAGGACGGAUUCUGUUGCACUUUCAAUUACGCCAUCAAAAAGGACGACGCAUACUUGAACAAUGGCGUCGAUCUGAGGCUAGAUCCACUGAAGGUGGAAAACUUUGGCGAGGACCAGGGACUAUCGGUCUUGCUGGAACCGCUCCUAGACGAUUACUUCUACCCUAUUUUUCCCAUCACCGGUUGGAAGGUGAUGGUUUUUAACCCUCACGAUUAUCCGGACAUGAACAGUGGCGGGCUGAUUGAGAUUUUUGUGCCCUUGGAAACUCACCAGGACGUGGAACUAGACGCGAUCGUGUCUUACGGAACAAAAAAUAUAUUACCGUACUCGUUGGAGCACCGGAAAUGCGUGUUUCCCGAAGAAAUGACUUCGCCGGAUGCCUCUUACACUCACAGCGACUGCCUCGUCGAGUGCACAAUCCAGGACGUAUGGCACACAUGCAGAUGCAUACCGUUCUAUCUGCCGAAUCAUGAUAAAUGGUACACCGCCGUGCCGAACGCAGAUCUACAAGAUGUCAAAAACAACACGCAGAUCUUGCAUUGCAGACGAUGCUACCCUUUAUGCACCGACGUCACCUACAAUGCAAAUACGUUCGAAGCUCGUCUGAACCGUGGUCGCCAUCAAACCAAACUGUUGGACGGCGUCGACUGCGUGCAACAAAGUGCAGUGCACUUGUAUUUCAAUCAUUUCGGGACGAUAAAAUUGAAGCAGAACGUGGUCAAUCAGUGGUACGAACUUUUGAGCGAAGCCAGCGGCAUUGGUGGCAUCUUUAUUGGUUUCAGCCUCAUUGCCAUCGUGGAGUUCGGCUACUUCGUCGGGCUUUUCGCGUGGGAGCUUUUAAAGGGACCAACAUCCUCCGACGGUAUCGAUAAUAAAACUAAACGUAAACGGCCGGCGUUACAGAUAAUUUAUUGGGGCGAAUUAGUCGUGUGGAUCGUUGCAUACGUGUGCACUAUAUUCGCGAUGAUCUUCUUUUCCCUGGUGGUUUAUCAGGAGUUUAUCGACACACCCAUAACGACCACGUCCGAGGCAGAGCUCUACCCCACCGAGAAUUUGCAGUUUCCAGGUGGGGUAUCGUAA